UCGAAUUGGUUCGGAAAACCAUCGAUAAUGGCUGCAACACUUCCAAAUAAUGUUCUUUCAAAUAAUGAUAUUGAUCCGGACUACGGGAAACGAGUGAAAUUAAUGAAUAUGGAAUAUGGAGAAAUAUUGUCAAGUUUUGAAAACGGUGAGUGGACUCCUAAAGAAUCGAGAAAAAUGUUCCGCCAAGCCUCGAAAUUUAAGAUGACUCAUAGAAUAACGGACGGACUGCAAAAAGUGACAACUCGACUUUUCAGCACUAAAUGUACAACCGAUCGUCCCAUAAAAAUGGAAACAACUUAUUUACCUGACACGCGUGAAGAAAAAUCCGUUGAUAUUCAAGAUCAUGAAAGUGUAAAAAAAAAAGGUAUGUUUCGAAUUUAAAAUUUAGACAAGCGUUGAAAACGUUAAAAAUU